AUGGCAGACCUGCCACCUGUUCACUUUCUAUCUCACGGCACUACAAUGCUACUCGGGGAAGAUUCGCGUGUACUGGAUUACUGGAAGAAGAUCGGCCAAGAGGCGAUAGAUCAUGGUAUCAAAGGCGUAGUUCUCAUGGGCGCCCACUGGUGGGUAGAUGAUAAUAAGAUCAAGGUCGGCAUGAAUCCAUCCCCGAGCGUCAUGCCCGUGGCCAACGUGCACCCAAAGAAGUGGCAGGACUAUAAACCAAAUCCUGACUUGGCGACGGGCCAGAGGUGCAUUGACAUGCUCAGUGACGCUGGCUUCGAGGUAGAGGGCGACACCGAGAGGAUCUGGAUGAUCGAUGUCUUCCCUCUCCUUGUCGCUAUGUUUCCAAACGAAUGCCCUCCAGUCACUGUGGUAUCUCUGAACUCCCACUUCGACCCAUUUUACCAUGCCCGAAUCGGAACCGUCCUUCGACCACUACGGGAGGAGGGCUAUCUCUUCAUCGGAUCAGGCGGCGGCGUCCACAACCUAUAUCGCACGGAGUGGAAAUACAUGAACAAGUACAAGGACAAUUUUGCUAUGGAGAAGCCGCCAGACCCCGAGAAUAUCGAGUUCAGAACCGCGCUCGAGGACGUAAUCGUCAAGAAUGGGGGCGGGCCAAAGCUGAAAAGAGGAUUGGCCAGGCUGAUGAAGCAUCCUUACUUCCGAGAUGCGCACGGCACCGACGAGCACUAUAUUCCUGCUCUGUUCGUCGCUGGUGCUAUUGGUGAGGAACAAGAUGAAGUUGCCCAGGGUGUUCUUGGAGCGGAAUGCUGGGAGCUGAGGAAUCAAGGAGAAACUCAACUCACGAUUGGCCAGUGGGCCAAGGGGAAACACUACGGAGGAUGGAAAUGA